AGGGGGCAAACACUUUUUCACACAACUGUAUAACCUUUUGAUGGAGCCAGGCUUUGUGCUAAGCUAGGCUAACAAGCUGCAUGUUCAUUCUCAAUAUGAGUGUUUGAAUGUCUCUUCUUCUUCUAACCUUUUCUUAUGCUGCGUUCACACCAAACGUGAAGUGAAUGUCACGUAAAGUGACACUUUUUCACACAACUGUACAUGUAUAAAAAGCCCCAAAAUAAACUUUAAUAAUACUCAUACACACUUAAACGUUGGCAGUAUAUCUGGUUUCUCAUUUAAACAAUUGCAAAGCUGACGACUUUAGAUUUAGAACCCAUCGAUGUGCAGUCUUCUUCCUCAUCAUUCUGCUGUUUUUUUGCGAUAAAUUAGAAUGUAUUAUUUGAAACACAUGUUUAUGAGUUAUAGUUAAGCUGAAGGAGACGAGGUUGAUGUUGUGACGCUUGUUUUUUUCGUCUGCAGCCAUCACUUCCUGUUCUGUACACGCUGUCUAGCCAAGCAACCCAUGAGGCGGUCCACCUCCUCUGCAGGAUGCUGGUGUUCGACCCGUCUAAGAGGAUCUCGGCGAAGGACGCCCUGGCCCACCCGUACCUGGACGAGGGUCGGCUGCGGUACCACACCUGUAUGUGCAAAUGCUGCUACACCACAUCCUCCGGCCGAGUUUACACCAGCGACUUUGAGCCCGUUACCGACCCCAAGUUUGAUGACGGCUUUGAGAAGAACCUGAGCUCCGUGAGACAGGUCAAAGAGAUCAUCCAUCAGUUCAUUCUGGGGCAGCAGAAGGGGAGUCGAGUGCCGCUCUGCAUUAACCCUCAAUCAGCUGCUUUCAAGAGCUUCAUCAG